GUUGCACGGUCGCAAAAUGAAAGGAUGGUAUCGUCAGUGAAAACUCCGAUUGGAACAUAUGUCGGCCUUUCUGAGACUACAACUUUCAAUCGAUCGAUUGAAUACUAUACUGCGUUCAAAGGCAUAGCAUACGCCAAAUCUCCAGUCGGACUAUUGAGAUUCCGUCGGCCGGAACCAACGGAGUUCAAAAAGGAUGUUGUUUACAAUGCGACAUACCAUCGCUCGCAUUGUACACAAACGCCGGUACAACCUUUUAAGUACACGGCGGAAUUCGACCAAAGUGAGGACUGUCUGUAUUUAAACAUAUAUUGCCCUGGCAGAGGAGUAACUGCUGGUGGUAAAUACCCUGUCAUGAUUUACAUUCACGGUGGUAGCUUCGGUGUAGGCGGUGCCGAUGUUUACGCCGGCGAUGUCCUCAGCGCAUUCAAUGACGUCAUCGUUGUCACCAUAAAUUAUCGACUUGGCGUUUUGGGGUUUCUAUCGUCAGGUCAGAAACAUGAUGGAAACUAUGGUUUGUGGGAUAUGCACUUUGCUAUUAAAUGGGUUAAUAGCUACAUCGAGUACUUUGGUGGAGAUAACACGAGAGUGACGUUGUUUGGCAAUUCAGCCGGUGGCGCCGCUGUUACCUACCAGGCGAUGUUCCCAGGAAACAGGGGACUUGUUCACAGAGUUAUCGCACAGAGCGGCACAUGUUUCGCAACAUGGGCUUUAACAAAAAGCCCGGCGCGGUAUUUUGAAAAGUUUUCAAUAAUUAGUGGGUGCCUAGACGGGGGGUAUAAAGAUGUAAUGGAUUGUCUUCGGCAGCGUACAACUAGUGAACUUGAAAAAGCAUAUGAAGCUAUCAUUUUGGAAGAAAAAGAUUACUUAUUUUUCCCAACGAUUGACGGAGACUUUAUAUUCGAUUAUCCGUUGUUAUUAGACUAUGAAUCGAACAACGCCACAAAUGAGGGGCUUUCGUUAUUUUCAGAACUAGAUUUUAUGAACGGCAUGACAAGCAAGGACGGCGCCAAUUUUGUACUUUCUUUCAACAACAUGAGUACAUGGACACUUGAAGAAUUUAAGGAGUAUGUUUCAAAAGAACUGCUGUAUGUCUAUAAACGAAAAUCACCAGAACACAUUAUGAAUACAGUUGUUCAGCAAUAUUGGAAAAAUAGUUCCGCGGAUUUAAUCCCGAUUGCCACUGUUACAGAAUUUCCAACGGACUUAUUUUUUGCGUAUCCUGCUGUAUUAGCAUCUGUCAUUCAUAACUCACUGAAUACAAGAAAUCGAUCUGGUAACAAUUAUCUCUAUGUAUUUGAUCAAGUGCCUUCAUUUACGAGUCAACUCAGUAUGCUGGAAGGAGUAACACAUGCGUAUGAGUUGCCGUUCGUGUUUGGCUUCACGGAACACAUAAAGACAAAAUAUACGGCUGACUAUUCUGCAGACAAUCCUCUUAUACCGUCACAUGAAGAUAUUGAAAUGUCCUCAAUAGUCAUGCAACUUUGGACCAACUUUGCUAAAUAUGGGAACCCCAACAAAAUGAAAAUUUCCAACCAUCAUACAUUACCGGUGUGGCGACAAUACGAUACAAUUUCAGGAGAUUACUUGAUUCUUAAAUUGCCCUUCGAGGAUAAAAUCAUCAGAAAACACUAUGCAGCACAGCAAAUGUCGUUUAUAGAGGACCUUCAUAAAGACAUGAUGCAUAAUGGACUUUGUGCAAUGACAUCCGUGUUUGUUUACGUAGUUAUGUUUCAAUCGUUAUUGUUUAUUUAGAAAUUCUUCUUCUUAUUAUUAUUAGGCUGGUAGUAUUAUUAUUUUUAUUAUAUAAUAAAUUGUUUCAUGGCAUUACAGCUAAACAUUUGGGGG